AAGACCGUCAUCAUCAUGUUCCGCAACUCAGUUUCAUUACAAGCUAAGAAGCUCGCCCGUGGAUACGCUACCGGUACUGCAACAACAACCGCUAGAGAACCAAGCAAGUUCGGUGGUAUCUACAACGUUACUUUAAUCCCAGGUGAUGGUGUUGGUAAAGAAUUGACACAAUCCGUUAAGGAAGUUUUCGAAAGUCUCAACGCACCUGUACAAUGGUCUGAAUACGACGUUUCCGGAGCAACAAACGCUGGUGAACCACAAUUUUUAGAAGCCGUUGAAUCUAUUAAGAGAAACAAAGUUGGUUUAAAGGGUAUCUUGUACACUCCACUCGAAGCCAACGCUCACAACAGCUGGAACGUCGCUAUGCGUCAAUCAUUGGAUAUUUACGCUUCUGUUGUUCACUGCAAAUCACUCCCAGGCUACCCAACCCGCCACUCAGAUGUUGACUUUGCUAUCAUCCGUGAGAACACUGAAGGUGAAUACUCUGGUUUAGAGCACCAAUCAUACCCAGGUGUUGUUGAAAGUUUGAAGGUUUCAACUGUAGCAAAAGCUGAACGUAUUGCAAGAUUCGCUUUCGACUUUGCUAUCAAGAACAACAGAAAGAAGGUUACUGCAGUUCACAAAGCUAACAUUAUGAAAUUGGGUGAUGGUUUAUUCUUAAACACUUGCAGACGCGUUGCAAAAGAAUACGAAGGAUCAGGUAUCACUUUCAACGACAUGAUCGUUGACAACACAGCUAUGCAAUUGGUUGCUAAGCCACAACAAUUUGACGUCAUGGUCAUGCCAAACUUGUACGGUAACAUCGUCUCAAACAUUGGUGCCGCUUUGGUUGGUGGUCCAGGUAUCGUUCCUGGUGUCAACAUUGGUGCAGACUACGCACUCUUUGAACCAGGAUGUAGACACGUCGGAAUGGACAUCAUGAACACCAACAAGGCUAACCCAGCUGCUAUGCUCUUCAGUGCUUCAAUGUUAUUGAGACACUUGGGUGUUAGCAACCAAGCUGACAAGAUCGCAAGCUCUGUCUACCAAGUCGUACGUGAUGGUAAAGUUAGAACUGCCGAUAUGGGAGGCAACUCUAACACAACUGAUUUCACUCAAGCUGUUAUCAAGAACCUCUAAAAUUAAUAUUAUAGACAACACAACACUGCCAUUCAUAUUAAUGUAAUUAUCAAUUCAUUCUUUAUACUCGAC